GAGGAAAACGUCUGGAAAAGGAGGAGGAAAAAACUCGUCGUCGGUCUGGUUUUGGCAUCGCGGCAAAUUUUUUACAGUUUUAUCUCAAAAUUUCGUCCCAAAUUCCGAUCGGUUUUAGGGUUUCCGGUUGCGAAACGUGACCACAGGCAGAGGAAGCCGGUGUCCGCAGUGGAAUGUUUACUCUAGGGGAUUGAAGAGGCUUCUAAUUUGAGCAACACAUUUUGGAAAGCAAGCGGAGAAAAAAAAGAAGCGGCUCAUUCCGGUAAAUCGCCGCCACGCCACAACCCUUGGAGUCUGGGGACGUCUCGCUUCCCUAGGCGGAACAGUGGGGAACCAUGGAUUCCGAAUAUUAUGACGACGAACAGCAGCAGCAGCCGAACCACCCACCGAAAAAGUCGGCCAAGCAGAACAACGCGCUGCCGCUAUGGGGCAACGAAAGUACAAUGAACCUUAACCCGCUGAUCCUGGCCAACAUCCAGGGAUCGAGCUACUUUAAAGUGUCCUUGUUCAAGCUGAAAACCUACCACGAGGUGGUGGACGAAAUCUACUACCAGGUGAAGCACCUGGAACCGUGGGAGCGCGGCUCGCGCAAAACGUCCGGCCAGACGGGCAUGUGCGGCGGGGUUCGCGGCGUGGGAGCGGGUGGCAUCGUCUCGACCGCGUUCUGUCUGCUGUACAAGCUGUACACGCUGCGGUUGACGCGCAAGCAGGUCAACGGGCUGCUCACGCACACCGACUCGCCGUACAUCCGGGCGCUCGGGUUCAUGUAUUUGCGGUACACGCAGCCGCCGGCCGACCUGUACGACUGGUACGAGGAGUACCUGCUGGACGAGGAGGAGAUCGACGUGAAGGCGGGCGGCGGCCAGAGCAUCACGAUCGGGUUGAUGUGCCGGCAGUUCCUGACUAAGUUGGACUGGUUCUCGACGCUGUUUCCGCGCAUUCCCGUCCCGAUUCAGAAGCAAAUUCAGCAAAAGCUGGAGCAGUUUGCGACUGAGAAUAACGUCUCGUUUGCCGAGGCUGCCAACCCCAACGAGCGGUACAGCAAAGCUGGCGCUGGGCGAUACGAACGGCCGGGGGCGGCUUCCGCGCGAGGGGACGAUUAUGGGGAAUCGAGCAGGGGUUCGGCGCCGCCGCCACCGAAGCGCUCCGAAUACUCUGGCCACUGCGAUCGGGGGGAACCGCCGGCGGCGGGAAGGUCGGGAAGGUAUGAUCGCGACGAGGAGAGUUGGCGAUCGAGGGCGGAUCGGGACCGGGCGGACCGGGAUCGACGGGAGAGGGAUUACGAUCGCGGCAGGGACGAUAGACGGAGAUCGCGGUCGAGGGAUCGCGACAGGUAUCGGGGAGGGCGGGAUUACGAUCGAGAUCGGGAUCGUGACCGUAAGUACCGUUAGCGUAGGUUUGCUUAGGACAAAACGUUUGUGCACUUGAACGAGCGAAGCGCACCGAUAGAAGAGAGAGAAGUUUAUCAAAUUAUAACUUAUUUCAAAUUUGAAACGCGAUUCGGGACGGAGAAACGUAAAAUACUUAAAACUCAUACUUUUAGUGAAGAAAUUUAGAAAAUUAGGAAAAAAAACCUUCAAUUUGACAUUGGUUUGCAAACGCUCAAAAAGGACAACUAAUCUUCAUCGGAUUAAAACAUUGUUUCAGAAGAAUCUGCUUCGCAGAUUGCGUCCCACUUUUUCAACACGACAAAAUGCUGAAAACCGAGUACCUUCACGCAGGCGAAUAGCACAGCAACUUCAUUACGGGAUACAGAUUUUCAUUUCUUACAACUCACACACUUUAUCUUUUCAAUUAUUUCACCUUUUUCACUCACCUCAACAGUCUUACAAACACACACACAAACUCAUCACAUUUACCUCAAUACAACUUACAAGCAUAAACACAAUAGAAACGGGACGGGUUGGCGAAUAUCCGCGCCGGAAGUGCUUCUUCAAUCCUCGUUAAAAAUCAUCACAAAGAGACAUGGCGGGAAGGGACAACGCAAGCUAAUUAUUUUGCUGUUGGUAGGUUUUACGAUUGCAGUUGUUUAACGUUACUUUAACAGAACGGGUAGAGAGAAGAAAUCAAAAGUUGUCCCUGUCCGGCAAGAAGCGCAUUUCGGUCGGAAUCGUCGACCCAAAUUAUCACCACUACAAAUAGCACCUAAUUUCAUUAUCAUUUCACAAACUACACAUUAUUCACAA